UGGCGACUAUACGGUUGUCAGCAUCAGCUGUUUGUGUGUAAUCGACCUCUAAUCCAAAAUCGUUCAAUAAUAAAUACCAGGAAAGGCCACAUCAGUGAAAAUUAUGUUCAUUUCGUAAUAAUCUACAAUAAAACAGCUGAUCUAUUAUGGGGCCUAAAUUCCUGGGAAUCCUCACUCUGCUGCUUGCCCUCCAAAAUUGCUUUGCACCCCCUGUAACUCAAGAAAAAAAAGAAACCGAAGAUGCUAAUUCCGAGUACGGUGGCCUAGAAGACUACAUGGAAUACCAUAGGUACCUCAAAGAAGUAGUGAACGCACUAGAAUCAGACCCAGAUUUUAGAGUAAAACUAGAAAAGGCCAACGAAAGCGAAAUUAAAUCGGGAAGAAUCGCAGAAGAAUUACAGUUUGUGUCUCAUCACGUCAGAACAAGAUUGGAUGAGCUAAAACGGGUAGAAUUGCAACGUCUUAAAGAAUUAGUUGAAAAAAGAAUGAAGCUAGAAUCAAUGGGUAAUGCCAUAGACGAAGACCCUACGCAUCAUCAUUUAGACCAAAGCAAUCCGCACACCUUUGAAAUUGAAGAUCUGAAAAAAUUAAUAGCCAAAACUACACAAGACUUAGCUGAAGCUGACAAAAAACGUAAAGAUGAAUUUAAGCAAUACGAAUUGGAGAAGGAAUAUCAAAAACAGGAGCAAUUGAAUCAUACUAGUGAGACUGAAAGAGAAAAGCUUGAAAGGGAGUUUAAGGAAAGAGAAGAAAAACACAAAAAGCAUGAAAAACUACAUGAACCUGGCCAUAAGGCUCAGCUAGAGGAGGUGUGGGAAGAACAAGACCAAAUGCAGCAAGAUUUUGAUCCAAAAACCUUUUUUAUGCUGCAUGACAUUGAUGGUAACGGCCUUUGGGACCAAGAAGAAGUAAAAGCCUUAUUUAUAAAAGAACUAGACAAAAUGUACCAGCAAGGAGCCCCUGAAGACGACAUGAGAGAAAGAAUUGAAGAAAUGGAACGAAUGAGAGAGAGUGUCUUCAAGGAAAUGGAUACCAACAAUGAUGGGUUUAUAGAUUAUAGAGAAUUCUUCCAACAAACAAAUAGUAAUGAUUUCAAGCAAGACCAUGGCUGGCAAGGCUUAGAUGAACAAACCAAACCUUACUCUGAAGAAGAAUUGAAUGAAUACAUCAGGCAGCAUCAUGCUAAUAACCAAAUUCCCAAAUAUGGACAAGCACCACCUUAUCAGCAGCCUCAAUUCCAUGCCGGGCAAGUACCACAAAUGGCACCACAGCAUUUGGACUUGAACACAAAUGAAAUUCAUCCACAGUAUGUGCCAGCACAACAACAUCAACAACAGAAUAUUCCUCAACAGUAUCAGCAACAACCGCCUGUAGGUCAAUAUCAGCAACAACCGCCUGUAGCUCAAUAUCAGCAACAGCCACCUGUAGCUCAAUAUCAGCAACAAAAUAUUCCUCAACAACAGCCUCAAUAUCAACAAGUUGUUCCUCAACAACAACCAAAUGUAGCUCAGCAGCCACAAGUGGUUCCUCAACAACAAUUAAAUGUAGCUCAGCAGGCGCAGGUUGUUCCUCAACAACAGCCAAAUGUACAGCCGAAUAUAGCUCAACGCCCAUUGGGAGAUCAGCCUCAUGUCCAACAAACAAAAUAAAUAGUUUGAAUUAAGAGUAAAUCAAUAGUUUUUCUUUUGUGAUCUUGCUAUAAGGCAUAUAAUUGUGGUGUUAUUUGUUUUAUUUAAUUUUUCAAUAAAUUUUACUUUUUUUUAUUAUACUUUUUGAUGUUUAAUAUGAAGAUUCUUGCUUACCUUGAAGAUGAUUUUUUUUUUAUUUUGCAAUAAAUUCGAUGCCCCACGUCACAAGCA